UUAUCAAGAUAAUAUAAAUAAUCAAAAUGACAACAAAAACGAAAAUCAAACAUACAUCAAUCAUAUUGAUUGUUAUUUCAGCAUUCAGCAUAAUAAUUACUGAUGCUAUAACAAAAAAAUCUGAUGAUGGUCAAUCAAUGUUAUUAGGUGUUGGCGGUGGUGGUGGUAAUCAACCUGUUUAUCAUCAAUCGAAUCAAAAUGGUCAAUAUUCAAUGUCAAAUCAAUAUGGUGGUGGUGGUGGUGGUGUUGGUAAUGGUGUUAAUAGUGGCGGCGGAAGCCUAAAUACAAUCACUAAUCAACAAAUGCAACAUGAACAUGUUUCAAAUGGUCAACAAUCACAACAAUCACCGCAAGGAUCUCAAUCGAAUCUUUAUUAUUAUUAUUAUCCGGUACAAGAUCAAAAAUCAAAAGAUCAAUCAUCAUCAUCAUCAAGCCAAUAUGGUCAUGCACAAAUGAUUUCAUCGGGUCAUCCAAAUUCUGGUGCUGCUCAUGAAAAUAUUGAACAUGGCAGUGGUGGUCCAAUGGAUGCUGCUGCUUCUGGUUCGGAAAUCAGCUAUAGUGCACCGGAAUUAAGCCAUAAUGAUUAUCAAUCACAAUCAUCACAAAAUGGUUUUGAUGCACAAACAUUAAGUAAUUUGGCACAACAAUUUCAACAACAAUAUUUUAAUAAUCCUUCUGGUUCAUAUGAAUCUAAUGCUGCUGCUGCAAAUAUGGCUGCUGCAUAUGGUAAUCAAGCUGAAGCAUCCAGUCAUUUAGCACAACAAAUUCAUCCUGGUUAUUCACAAGGACAUUUAGCAUUUGCACAAGGAUCACCAUAUGGUUCGGGACAACAUUCAUUUGCUGGUUAUGGUCAAGGUAUUGGUGGCGGUGGUGGUGCAGGUGGUGCUUUACAACCACAAUCAACCGAAGUUUCUAGUGGUGGAUUAGCAUCCGGUCUAAAAAAAUAUGGUCUUAGUUCAAUUUUGAUGCCUGUUCUAGCGAUUGCUGGUCUUAGUUUAUUAUUACCAACAAUGACUAAUUUAGGUACAACAACAACCAAAACUAAACGUUCAAUUGAUGAUUCACCAUUUUCAUCAUAUAUUGAAAAAAUGGAUGCCUAUUAUAAAAUGUAUAACAAAGCAAUGGAAAAAGAAGAAUGUAUGAAUCGUAUGAUUUGUGAACUUGGCGAUGCUGUAAGUGAUGUACGUGGACGUAGUGCUUUGUUGAUGGUCGUUGAAAAUAUUGCCCCACAAUGGAUGGAAAAAAAGAUGACCGUAUUUAAAAAUGGUGCACUAAGUAAAGAUAUGACUAAAUGUAAAAAAUAUUCUUGCUAACC